AUGAAAGAGUUAAGGCAUGUCGUGAUUAAGCCUAAAAUACAUCUUGAUCCUCCGUCUAGAGCAGUUGUUCUAGAAAACCUACAAACACUGACCAUGAUAGAGAAUUUCAUAUGUACAGAGAAGGUCCUCAAAAGAAUUCCAAAUCUAAAGAAGCUCAGAAUAUGUUACAGAUAUCCACUGCCAUCGAAACCUCAGGAUAUGAAAAAUCUCUUGGGUCUCCAUAAACUUGAAGAAUUAACAUUCCAAGAAUUAACAUUCCAACGAUCUAAGCCGUUUGUGCCUUUCUGGAAGAACCUAUCUUUCCCUCCUUCACUCAAAAAGUUAACUUUAAUUGAUGUUCCCUGCGGUAGGAGAGAAAUGGAGAUGAUUGGUUCAUUGCCUAAUCUUCAAGUGCUGAAAAUCAAAGGACGACAGUUCUCUUGCUUAAUGUGGAAACUAGGAGAAGGAAGAUUUCUUCAACUGAAAGUUCUGCUACUUGAUAAAGUUCAUCUUGAGGGAUUGAUAGCUGACAGUAUCCACUUCCCAGAACUUCAGCGCCUAGUCAUUAAGAACUGCGGAGACCCGGAGAUCCCUAUUGGUAUUGGAGAAAUUCCAACUCUUCAAUCCAUUGAGCUUUAUCAAUGUGAUAUUUCAGUUAUAAAUUCAGCAAAGCAAAUACAAGAGGAACAAGAGAACUUGGGAAAUGAUAGUCUGCGAGUUCUUAUUAGUGGUGAAUAUCAGCAGUCAAAGAAGUUCAGAGGUGGUGCGAAGUGUGCGAAGUCUGGGGAUUUUCUUCUUGGAGAGUAUACACAAAAACACAAAUCUUCCACAGUAAUUAGUGUUGUGCCAAAGCCUACUCUACUUUCUCUCUCUUGGAAAGCAGAGGUGGUGCGAAGUUUAGGUUUUCUUCUUCGAGCAUCUUUUUCGAGCGCCUGGGUGAGUGCUGCCAUGGAAAAAGUGCAGGAAAUGCGGGGGAACUUGCGCUUGAACGCAGAGGAGGAGGAAAUAGUUGACAUAGAUGGAAAUGGAGUCGAGACGGUGAUGGAGAAGGGCGAUCAGAGCCUAAUAGGAAAGAUAUGGGCUGAUAGGCAGAUAAAUAAGGUUGUGGUUCAAUCAACAAUGGGGAAAAUCUGGAGAAUUAGCAAGCCAGCAGAAUUUACAGAGAUGGGUCGAAAUAUUUUUAUGAUUACGUUUGCCAAUCACGCGGGCAAGAUACGGGUGGAAGAGGGACGACCAUGGUUGUUUGAUGGAUCGAUAUUUGUGAUGAAUUCAUUUGAGGGCUAUACACCAUUGAGUGAAAUACAAUUUGAUGUGGCGGCAUUGUGGGUGCAAUUCCACAAUUUACCUUUUGCCGGCAUGUCAAGGGAGACUGGCAUCAAAUUAGGGAGUUCAAUGGGCAAUGUGGAGGACAUAGAAGUGGAUGAGGACGAUGUUGGAUGGGGUAGUUCGCUGCGUGUGAAAAUUGCAUUGAAUUUGCGGAAAUCGUUGGGGAGGGGACGGAUGGUAAUGCUGGAAGGAGUGAAGACAUGGGUGCCAAUCCAGUAUGAGAAACUCCCAUGGUUUUGUAUUAAAUGUGGACGAAUCGUUCACGAAUAG